UUUCUACGAGUUGCAUCCCGUUACGUCACGCCAACAAUAUACUCAAGACCACCUAUUAUUAGUUAUAAAGAAACAAUGGCGACUGUUAUAAGAAUCAAGAGGAGACUGGAUGAAGAGCCAACUGAAAAUAUUAUUAUAAAAGCAAAAAGAUCCAGAAAUGAGAGCACCGGAGAUGAAGAUCAGUCAGGUGACAGAGUAGCAGUACUGACAAGAGUUGGUACUGUUGAGUCCAGGGAUGACCCACUAGAAUCAUUGGUCAAGACAGCUAUUAAAAAAGGAUGGGAGCUUAGACAGAAUUACAAGAAAUUAGGUAGUGAUGUAUCCUAUAAAGAAAAGUCCAGUCAAGAGGCCAAAAAGCGAGCAGUUACUAAAAGAUACAAGAUUAUAUCUCAGAGCAGAGGUAUUGGCGAACCUUCUGAACCUGAUAAAGAUGAUGUUGCUACAGAAGAGAAAACAGUUGCUAAUAAGGAUGCGACAGGGGCUGAAGCUUUACCAGUAGACUCUAUGGAGCUUACUUAUUUUGAUGCUGUUCUUGCCAACGAAAUGGACGAUAUUAUUACUUGCAAUGGUGUGCCAAUGGAGAGUGAACAACAUGUUUAUGAUGUGUUCUAUUCAACUCAGCCAGUCAACUGGGAAGAUGUUAUGGAACAAAAUGUAUGCAGAAUUGAAAGGGAGCUGUUUGAAUCUGUAACUGAAUCAGAGAGUGAUGAUCAGUAUGAGGAUGAUGAUGAUGAAAAUGAGGAGGAAAACUGGAGGAAUGAUUAUCCUGAUUAUGAUGAUAGUCCAUAUGAAGAUGAAGAGGAUUAUUUGAAUUCCCAGAUAAGAAAAACUAACAAAAGAUAUGAAACUGAUGAAAGCUAUGAUGCGGAAGAUUAUGAAGAAGAAGGUUUUGAUAGUGAGGGGAAUCUUAUUUUAUCAUCCCAACACCCAUUGUCUUUAGCCAAGUUGAUGAGAAGAGUUAAUCUCGAUAGUGAUAGUGAUGAUUAAAUUUAGAGUGUAUGCAAGUUCUGAAGGCAUACUUUUUGUUUAUGCAUUACCUGUACUGUAAUUAUUUAAAUAAAAAUUGUUAGUUGUAUGUUGAUUGCAUUACAUAUGGGAAUAAGUAUAAAGAAAUGUUACAUAUAUUUUAAUGAAAUAAAUUUUUCCUUUUUGUAGAAAA